AUGCCGAACGUAAUAUCUAAAUACCUAAACGAGACAGCUGCCAAAUAUCCAAAAGUCAAUCAGGAACUGGCUGGAAAGAUAGUCGGAGUUGCUCUAUUGGGAUGCACGAUCAAAUUAAGUUACCCGUAUUUGAAAAAGUAUUUUUUCGACAGCGGGAAGAGUAAAAAAACGAUUAAAAUAAAAAGAUGCGUUAAUAAUAAUAGCGGAGAUAACGUCAUAACCGAUUCGGAAUUCGCCGUGGAUUUGUGGUUGUUGUUGAAAUUGAUGGUACCGGGGAUAUUGAGUCCGGAAGUGGGUUUGCUAACCGUUCACACGUCCGCAUUGAUAGCCCGAACGUUCAUGAGCAUAUACGUUGCUUCCAUGGAGGGCACUAUGGUGAAACACAUCGUUCGUAAAGACGUUAGAAAUUUUUCGAUAUUUUUACUCAAGUGGCUUGCCGUGGCCGUGCCGGCGACGUUCAUAAAUUCGCUCAUACGGUGUUUGGAAAAGAAAAUAUCGUUGGCUUUCAGAACAAGACUGGUGAAUCAUUUGUACAAAGUUUAUUUUUCGGAUCAGAUAUACUAUAGGGUAUCGAAUUUGGAUGGAAGAAUCGAAAAUGCGGAUCACAGACUGACGGACGACAUAUCAACGUUUACGGAUAGCGUUGCUCAUUUGUAUAGUCACAUAACGAAACCCCUUUUGGAUUGCGUACUCAUAACGUUUGCAUUGGCGAGAAGCAGCAGAAGAAUGGGUGUUUCAACCAUACCCGGUCCCCUGUUGGCUGCUUUCGUAAUGUGUUCGACGGGAUUAAUAUUGAAAUGCGUUAGUCCGAAAUUUGGUGAACUAGUCGCGGAAGAAGCUCACAGAAAAGGUUAUCUUCGAAGCAUUCAUUCCCGGAUAAUAACAAACGCGGAAGAAAUCGCUUUCUACGGUGGCCAUAAGGUUGAAUUGAAUUGUUUACAAAAAGCAUACAAACAACUCACGAAUCAAAUGAACAAAAUUUACGCUCAAAGAUUGUGGUUUGUCAUGCUGGAACAAUUUUUAAUGAAAUACGUUUGGUCUGGAACUGGAAUGAUAAUGAUUUCUCUACCCAUAAUUGCUGGAGUUUCUCUAACGAAAAGGGAUUCGAGCGAUGCGAGCGUGUCUGAAAGAACGCAAUAUUUAACAACGGCGAGAAAUUUGUUGAUGAACGGAGCGGACGCCGUUGAAAGGCUCAUGUCAUCGUAUAAGGAAAUAGUUGAAUUAGUCGGUUACACAUCGAGAGUCGGUGAAAUGUUGAGAGUUUUCGAUCAAGCCAAAGAAGGGAAUUACGUGAGAACAACGGCAAACUUGUCGAAAACGACGAAAAAUUUAAACGGAGCAUCGUUGGUAUUCGAAAAUGGACGUCGAAUAACUGAAACUUCCGAUGGUACCAUUUCGAUAGUAAACGUACCCAUAAUUACACCUAACUGUGAUGUUGUCGUAAGAAGCCUAACGUUGAACGUUACACCUGGCCAACAUAUUUUGAUUACCGGGCCGAACGGUUGCGGAAAAUCAUCCCUGUUUAGAAUCCUUUCGGGUUUGUGGCCAGUUUAUAACGGUCACCUAUGCAAACCGGUGUUGCAAGACAUGUUUUACGUUCCUCAAAGACCAUACAUGAGCCUGGGAAGUCUUCGAGAUCAAAUUAUUUAUCCGGAUACGGUGCAAGAUAUGCAGUCGAAAGGAAUAACGGAUAAACAGUUGGAGAAAUAUUUAGGUUUGGUGUUUUUAAAUUACAUUGUGGAAAGAGAAGGAGGUUGGGAUGCUUGUGCCGAUUGGAAAGAUGUACUCAGCGGUGGUGAAAAACAAAGGAUGGCAAUGGCUAGAAUAUUUUAUCACAAACCUAAAUUUGCUCUUUUGGACGAAUGCACGUCGGCCGUGUCGAUAGACGUGGAAAGUAGAAUAUAUCAAGCGUGUAAAGAUGCAGGGAUAACGUUGUUGACAAUCACACACAGGCCAUCUUUAUGGAAAUUUCACACUCAUUUAUUACAAUUUGACGGAGAAGGUGGAUGGAAAUUGGAAAAAUUAGAUUCGGACGUUAGGUUAACGUUGAAGGAGGAAAAGGAACAACUCGAAGAACAAUUAGCCAACGUUCUUUGUCGCGAAUUAGGAGAAGAUUUUACAAUAAUAGCAAAUAUUCAAGAAGUCACAGCAAAUUCGUAA